AUGCCCACAACAGCACCCACACGGACUUUUCGAGUAGCCCUGGAGGCAUACGACGCCUCUGCAGGCGUCCUCGUGCCAGGCCUUGGCCUCGGUUCGGCGGUGCUGAACCCCUUUGAGCAUCCGCCCCUCGACUUCGUCCACGAUCCUUACCUAGGAGUCGACGACGACGACGAGGACCAGGUCUCGUCCCUCUCUUUCGGAUUCUCCUCCGACUUCACGCCAGACUUUGGCCUCGGCCCCGACGCCGACGCCGCAUCCAACUCGGAAUCGGCAUCGUCUUAUCUCGGGAAUCACCAUCACCACCACCACCAUCAUCAUCACCAGCAACAAAGUUACCACCAGCAGCACUACCACCACCACGCCAAUAUGAAUUUGCCUAGUUCCCACAUCCCGCCCCGCCGCAGCGCGAGCAUCCACUCCCUCACACCAUCGCGCGACCUCCUCGUGAAGCCCAAAUCCCCAGAGAAAGCCGCCGCAGCCGCCGCCGCGACGGCUACCAAGUCAAAACGAGUGCGGACGGGCUGUCUAACGUACGUGCAGGUCAAGAAGCCGCCGUAUAUGCCGCCCACGGUGGAGUGGUCAGUCCAAUUCCAAGAUGAGUCGCGGCAGAUCGCCUCAGAGUACGUCGGAGGCCUCGGCCGGUACGCUCAUCUCGAUAAAAAGGCCGUUGUCGCCGCUCCGCCGCGGCACCUGGGCCACCUAGAGCCGACCCUCCGGCACCAGAGUCACCUCCUCCCACACGCGAGAGCCAGCGGCCCAGACGCCUCCAUCUCACCGAGGACUCACCUCCUUCACCACCCUCCGGCGCCACCACCACCGCCGCCCCCGAUGUACAGCCACCACCCGUACCAUCGCGAGCCUCCCCCACGAGGCGCCGUCGAGCCGUCGGCCUACCCGCGCCGCGAGAGCGACCCCGCCUACCUCACCCCCCAGAACUCGGGUUACCCGGCGCCUCACCACCCCUACAGCCUGCACGAGCACUUCACCUCCUACCGAGACAGCGGCGGCGGCGGCAUCGGCAGCCGCACCCACGGCCACCGCGACAGCGACACCUCGAGCGCCGCCUCCAUCGUCCCUCAACCCACCGCGCCGCCCCCGAGUUACCGCAGCAGUGCCGCCGCCGCCAACCCUCUGGCUCCAGACGGCAUGAUGACCCCGCCGCCGAGCGAAAAGGCCACCGCGGGCGAGAGGGAGUACCUCAACUCCCCCGAAGAGAUCCUCUACAUGCAAGUCUUUGUCGAAGAGGUCGGCGUCUGGAUGGACUCGCUCGACAAGGAGAAGCACUUUUCCCGGCUGAUCCCCUACCACGCCCUCAAAUCCCCGAUGCUCCUCAACGCCUUCCUCGCCUGCGGCGUAAAGCACCUCACGCUCGUCAACCCGGCCUACGAGGACGACAAGGCCCUCUUCUACUACGACACGGCCACCACCCUGCUCCUCCGCAGCCUGCAGAACCCGGACCGCAACACGGGCGAGUGCGCCACCACGGCCGUCGUCCUCAACGUUUACGAAAUCAUGUCCGAGAAGCCCGCCCAGCGCAUGAACCACAUCGCCGGCGCCCGCGCGCUGAUUCGCGAGUGUAAAUGGGACGCCCGGUCGUCCGGCAUCGGCGCCGCGUGCUUCUGGCUCAAUAUCGGCAUGGAGGUGCUCUCGUGCCUGGCGUUUAACUGGCAGACGUCGUGGGAUCCGGACCAGUGGGGUCUGAACAUGGAUUUUGCCAGCGACGGCGGUCGGGCCGGUGGUGCGGCAGCGGCAGCGGCAGCGGCGUCGAGGUCCGGGGACGGCUUCGGUCAGGAGGAGGUCUGGGUGCACCGGAUCCUGUAUAUUGUGGCAAAGAUUACAAACUUCCGCGCCACCAUCCCGCGGUUCCAGGAGCCGAGCCCGCACGACGAACAGAUCCGGUUGGGGAACCGGCUGCAGCAGUGGCAGGAUCUCAAGCGGCUGUGCGACAAGUGGAACAACGCGUGCCCGAGGACGAUGCACCCGUUUGGCUACCUCUACCCCUCGCAAACGAACUCAAAGUCCGCUUUCCCCAACGUCUGGCUCAUCAAACGCGCCGCCAUCAUCGGCCGCCUCUUCUACCACACAGCCCAGUGCCUCCUCGCGCAGACGAACCCAAUGGAACCAGGCAAAGCCUCGGAGGAAAUGCGCGCCCUCCAGCUCCACCACGCCCACCAGGUCUGCGGCAUCGUCGCCCACACAAAGGACCGUGGCGUCGCCUCCGUCGCCAUCCGCUCCCUCGCCAUCGCCUCCGCCGUCCUCACCGAUCCCCGCGAGCAGGAAGAAGUCCUCGAGAUCCUCAACAAGAUCCACGCCGAGAGCGGCUGGCGCCUAGGCAGCAUCCACGGCGAGCUCAAGAGGGCGUGGGGUUGGCCCAGUCCCGCGCCCUCGCACGCGUCCGUGCCGGGUGUUCUCGGAGAGCAUCGAGGUUCCCUCGGCGGCGGCGGCUACGGCGGGAGGUCCGGCCCGCCCGGGAACCCGCCGGCCAUGGCGACGUCCAGCGCACCGUCUGCGUCGAACGCCGCUUCUUCGGCGCCGAUGAAGUCGCUCGUGAACCCCCUCUCGUAUGCGGACUUUAGCCUGCCGAAUGCCCCGUACAAAGACUGGUGGCGGCCGCCUAAUCGGAACGACUCAUACGGCUACCAGGCUUUCCCGUGA